AUGGGUUCCAGAUUUCAGUAUGCAAUGACUCUUCAUAUCAUUAUUUUCCUACAGAUAGCUCAUUUGGUCACAGGCCAGUUUAAAAUUAUACCUCCUGACAAUCCUGUUAUUGGAGUCAUUGGGAAAGGCGUCACCUUGCCCUGUCAGCUGGAAGCUAAGACAACCCCCGAGAGACUUUUUGUUCAGUGGAUAUUUACUGGAAAAUCCCAGAGAAUUGAAGUGACCACCUAUGAUGGAAAAAACAAACAAAAUCCAAUUAGUGAGGAUAAGGCAUACCAGGGCAGGACAAAUUUCUUUCAGACUGAAUUUAAUAAGGGUAAUGUGUCUCUUCACCUGAAAAAUGUCAUGCUCUCUGAUGAAGGGAAAUACACCUGCAGUAUCUUUCUGGAGAAUUGGUAUGAUGAAGUGGUGGUUGAUCUGAAUGUGGCAGCUAAAGGUGAUGAGACUUCCAUCUUCCUGGAUGGUCACGUCGGUCAGGGCAUUGGCCUCACCUGCAAAUCGCAGGGAUGGUUUCCAGAGCCCGAGGUAGUUUGGCUGGACAGUAAAGGACAGACACGGAAAGAGAAAGUGAUCACCCAAAGAACAAAGACUUCUUCAGGCAUUUUUGAUGUUGUAACUUCCAUGAACCUAGAACCAGGAUCUGACAAAGAAGUCUCCUGCAGAAUAGUCAAUAACCUACUCAACACUGCAUGUGAAUCCCGAGUCCUGCUAUCAGAUGUCUUCUUUCCAUCCACUUCACCUUGGAUGACUGCCUUCAUCGUAAUUUUAUGUUUCAGUAUUGCUGUUAUUGCUGCUGUGGGUGCUAAACUGAAGGUCAAUACUACAAGAAGACAAAAAGCAGACUUCUGGGAAGCCCGGAGCCAUGCAGUUUUCAUUACUGUGAAUCCUGACUGCCGAGUCCUAGAGCUCCCAGUGCCGGGGGCUCCAAAAGUUGAGGACACCUCAUCUGAGCCUGCUGGCCUGAACAGUCCCUCCACAGUCCCUGUCCUGGUGGGGAAGGAAGGGUUUACAGCUGGGAAACACUACUGGGAGGUGGAGGUGGGCCAGCAGCAGGACUGGGUGCUGGGGGUCGUGAGGGAGAAAGAGGGGCAAGAGGAGGAAGGGACAAAUGCUGGUGAGGACUUCUGGGCUCUGCACAGAUCUGAGGGAGAGUUAUUCUCUAGCAAGGGAAACAGCAGGAUUGAGAAGAAGAAUAUGGGUUGCACUGUGAUUGGUGUGCUUCUGGACUUGGAGGAAGCACAAGUCAAAUUUUAUGAAGCAGAAAAGAUGAACAUUAUAGUGAAAAUCCCUAUAAGCCUUGGAAAGGAACAUGCAGAAAUGUUUUACCCAUUUCUGUCCAAAGACGAAGGGACAGUCAAACCUGUUUGCCAUCAGCAAAAAAUUCCUGUUCCAUUAAAGGCUCUAUAA